UUCUGCUUGAUGCCUGCGGGCCGACAACUCGACGCGUCUUUUUAUCGGAAAAAAAUCAACCAAACUGAAAUUCGUUUUUGUAAAUUCUACAUUCGGUUCGAUUUGAUUUUUUGUUUGAAUGAGACCUUAUUUUUUUGAAAAUACGAUAAUUGAUUAGUCGAAAAAUAUGGACAAUUUUGUGCGGGCGGUUAGUUAAAAAAUGCGCACCCUCGCAACGGGAUUCGGAUUAAAAAGGGCCGAUAUAAAAAUGGAACAGAAAUCUUUAUAUUGUUAUAACUAUUGAACAAAUUUGGUGCAACUGCUAGAAACAAAAUGUGCAACAACAAAGUGAAACUAAAAUUAGUGAAAAAAAAAUCUAAAUAUUUCCUGUUAGUGAUGUGCUAACAAAACGAAAAGACUAUAAACUUUCGACAUAAUGCCUGGUUUAAUAGUGUUCAGACGACGUUGGAGUGUCGGAUCAGAUGACUUGGUCGUACCUGGAGCAUUCCUUUUUACCACACAUUUAAUAUGGACAAUAAUCCUAGGAAUAGUCCUAUUUGUCGUCGAAUACGACAAAAGUGUCCAAUGUGUCCUGCUACUUUGGGGUCUUGUGGUUGGUUAUCUCGCCUUAUUGCUCCUCUCCAUGGUACUCGAAGUAGCGGUUUGCAUCGUAGCGCUGCGAGGCAGCAUCCUGGAUACUGCCCCUCGGAACUCCAUGCAGUAUAUUUUGUAUAUAAGAAUGUCUGUGAUGAUCAUUGAAGCUGGCUGGUUAAGUGCUGGAAUUGUAUGGCUGAUGAACUACUACGUCGAUUGUCCAGUAGAUAAUGCCAAAGAGACUGUUUUAGCAAUGGUAGUUUUUAAUUGGUGCAUCCUCCUCUCAGUAUUAAUAACAGUGUGGUGCUGUUACGACACCGCUGGCCGUUCCUGGGUGAAAAUGAAACAGUACCAACGUUCGAUGAGAGAAUCAGAGUCCAAGUUCCAGUACAAACGAUCGGGCAGUACCCGAAAUUGGAGACAAAGAAAAGUCCUACGUGCCUACCAAGACAGCUGGCAAAACAGAUGUCGCUUCCUGUUUUGUUGUUCGUCGCCAUCCGACAGAAAUCGAAACUCAUUUGCCGACAUCGCUCGGUUAUUGUCCGAUUUCUUUCGGGAUUUGGACGUGGUACCUUCGGAUGUCGUCGUAGGUCUGGUACUGUUGAGAAAGUUCCAGAAAAUCGAACGCAAAGCCAUCGUUGACCAGCGUAAACACGAUACCUACGAAUUCCUAUCAGGUGUAGCCGUUACACCUCGCACACAAUUUUUGUCGUUACACGAAGAUGGCGCCGAUCUGGAACUGUUCCAGACCGUCAUCCAUUACGCUCACUAUGCUGUGAGGGCCUACGGUUGGCCCAUCUACGUUAUGAUGAACAAAACCGGAGUUUGUCAUCUUUGUACAGGACUUCAAUGUUGCUGUUGCAUUCCUUGCCGUAAACGUCACGAAGAAGAUGCCGAAAUAGUAGCCGACAAUUGCUGUAGAUGCAACUACGCUGCUCUACAAACCCUAACCGAUUUAGGUGACAUUGAAAUCAUCUACGCCACUUAUCACGUGGACGUGGGCGAGACGCCAUUCUUUGUAGCACUAGAUUACGAUCGGAAAAAAAUCGUUAUUAGUAUUCGAGGGACGUUGUCCAUGAAGGAUAUUCUGACGGACCUAAAUGCGGAAAGCGAAACAAUUCCCUUGGAACCGGCCCAAGAAGAUUGGACUGGGCAUAAGGGCAUGGUGCAAGCUGCGCAGUAUAUUUUCGAUAAGAUCGAACAGGAAGAGUUGCUGGAGAAGGCCAGAGCUAGAAGGCCAGAGAAAGGGACUAAAGAUUUUGAUGUUGUUAUUGUUGGACACUCAUUAGGAGCAGGCACUGCAAGUAUAUUGGGAAUUCUCAUGCGCCAAACUCAUCCUACCUUGCAAUGCUUCUGCUACUCGCCCCCAGGAGGCCUGCUCUCGGCCCCCGCCGUAGAAUAUACCAAAGAAUUUACAGUUUCCGUAGUGAUAGGCAAAGACGUAGUUCCUAGAAUUGGGCUUCAUCAAAUGGAGACGCUUAGAACAGAUCUAAUAAAUGCCAUUAAACGAAGCGUAGACCCCAAGUGGAAAACCAUAACCUGUAGUAUUAUCUGUUGCGGUUGCUCACAACCGACCUCGGCCGUGGAAAUGUCGACGGGUGAAAUUGAAGUUUGCGACUAUAUGCGCAGUAAACAGAAUGCGCGGUGUAUGGGCAUACACCCUUCGGAUAGUAGCAUAGCCCUAACCAGUCACCAGCCUUUGUAUCCUCCGGGAAGGAUUAUACACGUGGUGCGGCAUCAUCCUACUGCAGGACAGCAAGCCCUUUCGAAAAAAGAGCCAGUCUACCAAGCCCUAUGGGCCUCCAAUACCGAUUUCGACGAAGUACUCAUCUCCCCAGUAAUGAUCCAGGACCAUAUGCCAGAUAAAGUGAUGGAGGCGCUCAGUAAGUGUGUGACAGGUGGACAAGAGCCCCCACCAAAACCGACAUCAUCAGGGCUUAGGACCUUUCAGGGCCGAAACGUCGGCCUACGAUGUAAGGCCCGCGCCGCAAGACAUCAGGUUAUAACCACAAUGGGUCCUAAAAAGCCACAUCGAUCAUCAUCAACUACGAGUGAUACAGUUACAACUACAAAUUAUCUAUCAGCCGCUUCUUCGCAUCCAAACGCCUUUUUGGAAACUAGUUUUACGUCACUGCAAAAUCCUUCAAGUAAUUCGUCCUUUACUAAUGGUUACUAUUCCACAAAAAGUCAUCCGUCGCCGCUUGUAUCGUUGCGACAUCCUACAGCUUCUAAUUUCAAUGCGUCUGUCAGGAGUAACAGAUCGGAUUUGUCUUUUAAGAGUCAACAAUUAUCUUUGACGAAGUACGAAGAGCCUCCAUCAAUAACCAAAAGCCUCAGCCUAAACCUAGUACCAAAAAUAGACUUGAUCCACGACGACUGGCUAGGACUAGCCCCGUUAGCCAGUCCGGAAAGCAUGUCCGAAAUAUCCAGCAUCAGCUCGAGAGCUAGCCUAGUCGCAACAAGCGUUGUCGCCGAAAUUUGUGCAACACCCAAGAUGAUGCGACGCACUCCAAAAAUUAUCGGCAAUUUGAGCACGUGCGCAGACGAUCUCAGGAACAUCAAGAGUUUUGAAAUGUGCAAAAAGUUUCCUACGUUGUUUAUUAAUAAUAAUAACGAAAGUUCUUCGAGUAGCAACUUAAGCUUUGAGUCCGCAUCCAGUAGCAACAAAUGCUGCAGUAAAACUGAUGGAGGGUGCAAGAAAGAGAGUCUCUUAGGUGUUGGGUGUAGUAUUGAAGCACGUCCAUCCAGCGGAAGCGAUUUUCAAUCAGCAGAAGACAUCCUAGAUAACGUCCUAACUAGUGCUGGCUGUAAGGAAUUCUUCAACUCGGACCCCAACAUUUUAGAAGAUCUUCUGGCCAGUCCACCGCCUUAUUUCAGAAGCUCUUCCUCCACUCCGGUGUAUCCUCAAUUACUUUCACCCAGCACACCUCAAGAACUCGAUCCAGAUAUUAUUUCUAACCUCGCCAUAGACUUAGCUUCAGACGAUGUACAUAGAUCCAUCCAGUUUCAGCCUAGCAAACCUAGUUCGUCCAUAGAUUCCGGUAGUGUUUGUAGAACACCAUCGGAUACCAUUAAAAAUGUAACAUUCAAUCCUCAAGUUAUUACUGUAGAUUCGGUUGUUUGUGAGGCCCACUACUCACCGCCGGUAAGAUGGCGGCUUUUCAAAGGCAAAAAACAAAAACAGCAGCCCGAAUUACCUAAAAUACUACCACCAGUUCCUAGUACCAUCAGCACCACUGUCCCUAUUAAAACGAUUUUGUCGAAAGGAAAACAACGGACAAUAGCGGAAUCGGAACAAAUGAGUGAAAGUGACUUGAACAAUCAGCCGCAGUGUUUUUCUAGAACAGAGGCUUUGCCUCUUUUGAGCGGCUUAAAUAAUAGUGCCGACAGGACGCCAUCGCCAAAUUUCGUGCGCAGAAAGAAAUACGUUUAUCCGUCUGAUAUUGUGGUGAUGAAUAAAACGACAACGCCGCACGAAAGUACAGUGUAGUGAUUCGAUAGAGACGUUGUCAAAUGGUCAAAUGUAGCAUAAAUUUAUGUUGUAGGCUUAUUAGAACUAAACAUCUGAGUUUUCUCUGAUAGAGCUAAGUUGUAUUGUAACAUGAUACAAAAAAACAAUUAUUUGCCUACUUGAUUUUUGUGACAAAAUAUACCUUGGUUUACCUCUACCGGAAAAAAUUGUAAUCGAUAACAUAAUUUUUUUUUUUUUUGAUAUAGCCUUCAUAGUUUCUCAGUCAAAAUUGUGAAAUUCUCGUUUGUUACAAUACGUCUUUUACCUCACCUAAAUAGACCUUGGUGUAUAUUAAUAUAAUAAUACUGCUUUUACAAUAAGCCUACGACAUAAAGGUAGACUGUGGGCCAAGUUAAUAUUUCGGGCAAAGUAAUUUCAGGUGAAGAUAUUAUCAAAAAACACUAAAAUCAGUCAUUAAAAAUUCAAGGCCUUUACGGACGCUAGUUUCAUUGUAGCUAAUGAUUUUUUUUUUGGGCAAACUGCUUUGAUAAUUCUUACCGCAGUUGUAGGCAAAAUGCCAAUUAACCACGACCCAUAAUCCGGGAAAACAUUAACUACAAUAAAAAAGUUAUUCAACAUUGAAAAAGGUACUUUAAUUUGGCUCACAGUGAAGAUAUAUAAGUUUUAGAAAACUCUUGUUAAUAAAAGUCAAUUAAUCAUUUAUUAUCUGCAUUUGAUACUGAUCUCCACAUUUUUCUAUAUUCGGACCACUACUGCUUUAGAGAGAAAUGAUUAUUAUUAUUAAUGAAUUUUGGGUAGACAUUAAUUAAUUAUUAAAUUAGAAGAAAAAAAUUAACAUACCAUACCAUACUGUUGUCAUUAGGGUCCAAGACAUGUACAGGUCGUACUAUUAUUAUCUGUUUCUAAAGAGUUACUUUUACGAAAUGUACCUUAAAAUUUGAUGAAAUGAAAUAAAUAGUUAAUUUAUUCUUGAAUAGUUUAUUGUGUAUGAUCCCUUCAAUAUGAUUUGACUACAGAAUAAUUAAAUUAAGGGAUUUUUCUAAGACAAUAAUGAAAUGAAACAACACGAAUGAAAUUUCACAAGAUUGUCGAAUACAUUCCUAUACAAGAUACUUA